AUGAUUCGGCUGGUUGUGAACAGAUACUCCUUUAGGGAAACAUACAAAAGAUAUUUGGGUGUUUGUCUUUUAAAAUCUAUCUAUCUAUCUAUCUAUCUAUCUAUCUAUCUAUCUAUCUAUCUAUCUAUCUAUCUAUCUAUCUAUGUCUGUUCAUAUCUACAUACCGAUUUAUUUUCGUCUCUUAAUAUCAAUUUCCACAUGUUCAUAUCAAUUCAUACCUGUUUAUAUUAUCUAUCUAUCUAUCUAUCUAUCUAUCUAUCUAUCUAUCUAUCUAUCUAUCUAUCUAUCUAUCUAUCUUUUUCUUUCUUUCUUAAUCUAUCUCUUUGUUUAAUUUCUGUCUUUCUUUAUCUAUUUCUCUCUCUCUCUCUCUAUCUAUUUAUCUAUCUAUCUCAGUUUAUUGAAACAAACCCCACCACGUGCCGCCUUACUACCUGCUGCGAUAAGACAGAAGUGCUGUUUCAGCCCAGCCCUGCUACAAGAGACCGCCAUCCAUCCAUAUUCAACAAAGAAACUGAGCUGAAGACCGUGGAGGAAUUCAAGCACAUCGAAUAUGUCAUUUCUAAAGAGUGCUCCCCCGACAAAGAGAUCUACACCAGGAUCUGUGACUUUAUUCAAAUUUCUUUGUCUUUUCUUUCUUUCUUUCUUUCUUUCUUUCUUUCUUUCUUUCUUUCUUCAUAUUUCAGAGGCUCUUCAAUGCCCUUCAUUGUUCUUUUGAACUUCACCACGUCUUUGACUGUACUGAGCUUUUUACUUUUUGUCAUCGGUACUUGUCACUAA